UAUUUUUAUGGACAGUACUCUCUUGCUCACUCGGCACUUCCUCUCUUUGGUUAGAACCGUGAGGGCAAUAUUGUUUAGCUGUGAAGCAUCAACCAAUCAGAUUUCUCUACCUGCUUCAUACUAUUAAGCUGGUUACCCCCGCUUCGUUCACUAAGGUGAAGCACUACUGUAUGUUGUCGAGGGGCAAAUCUCAAACAAAUACAGUAAAUACAUACUUACCUCAUCUCUCACUCUGUGAUCGCACAAUGUGCGAUGUUGUGCGUGUUGCCUGUGCUAUAAAAAUGAUCAUGCUAACUGCUAUGCAAAUGAAUGAUGAUAUUUAUGAUGGAUAUAAUAAUUAUCCAACAGUAUAUAAUAUUAAAGAUUUUGAGCAAGAUGAAUAUUUUCAUGAAGCUCUUAACACAAGUUACGGACGAAGAUCGCUUUUCACUGCAAAAGCACCUGGAACUGCAAUGCGUUUAGGCACAUCAACCGGAUUUCAUAGGUCUGGUACUGGUAUAUCUAUACGUCCAUCUACUAGUGGAGUUCGUCCAAUGACAGCAGUCAGGGGUGCUGGUUACACCAGUAGCAGUCGUCAAACAUUUGAUCCACUUAAUAUGGGAAAUACUGUUAAAGGAGCUGCACCACCUUUAGAAAGUGGAAAAGAAGACACACCAGAAGAAAAGAUAAAAGUAGCUGAAAGGAAAAUAAUGGAGUUAAUUGAAAGUUCAGUAGAGGCAGCAUACGAGAAUAAUGCGAAAGUUGCUUUAGAAAGAGCAAGGGAAGCAUCAUCGCGAGAGCGAGCUUUAAUUCGAUUAGAGGAACAGGCUGGACUCAGUGACAACCAUAAUGUUGACUUAACAUUUGCUGUUAUUUUUAAUUUAGCAACUCAGUAUACCAAUAAUGACAUGUUUACUGAAGCCAUCGCUACUUAUCAGGCCAUAACAAAGAACCGAGCAUUUGGCAACAAUGCUAGGUUGAAAGUAAACAUGGGAAAUAUAUAUGUUAAAAUAGGACAAUUGUCUCAAGCAAUUAAAAUGUACAGGAUGGCAUUUGAUCAAGCAUCAGCUGCUCAUAAAGAUUUAAGAAUAAAAAUAAUGCAUAACAUUGGAAUGUUGUUUGUACAAAUGGGUCGUUUGGAAGAAGCAGCUAAUAGUUUUGAAUGGGUUAUGAAAGAAAGAGCUGAAUUUAAAGCAGGGUUGCAUACUGUUUUGUGCCAUUUUGCAUUGUCUCAUAGGGAUAAAAUGAAAAGGGCAUUUUUAGAAUUACUAGAAGUUCAGCUUAACAUAGAUCAGGAGGACAGAUAUAACAUAAGUACCGACGAUGUUACUUCUAACAUAUUAAAUGAAAUUCUGAAGAAUGAUGAUUUAUCAAAGCUAGAAAAAGAAUUGAAGUCUGAAGCUGAGAAAACUAUACUAUCUGCUGCUAAAUUAAUAGCACCUGUUAUUGAAGAUACGCUCACAGCUGGUUUUGCUUGGUGCGUUGAUGCUAUAAAAUCUUCAGCUUAUGGACCUCUAGCUGCUGAUUUAGAAAUAAAUAAAGCAAUGGUGUUCUUGCAUAACAGAGAAACACAGCUUGCCAUUGAUACCUUAAAAAUGUUUGAAAACCGAGAAAGUAAAGUUAAUAGCGCAGCUGCGACCACGCUAUCAUUUAUUUACUUUCUACAAGGAGAUUAUGAACAAGCAGAAAAUUGUGGAGAAAUCGCUCGAAAGGCAGAUUGUUAUAAUGCAGCUGCUUAUGUAAAUUUAUCAGCUUGUGCAAUCAGAAAAGGCGAAUUAGAUGUAGCUAGGGAGUUUCUUUUAUGUGCGCUGGAUACAGACGCUAGUCACGUACAGGCACUUUAUAGUUUAGGAUUAGUCUAUAAAAAGCAAGGCAUGUAUGAACAAGCUUUGGAAUGUUUUUGGAAAGUUCGUAACAUAGUCAGACAUGAUCCACAAACACUGUACCAAAUUGGUCAUUUGUAUCAGCUCAUGAAUGAUGUAGAUCAAGCAGCAGAAUGGUACAAUCAAUUACUUGGUAUCAUACCAUCUGAUCCUGGAGUUUUGCAAAAAUUGGGUGAAAUGUAUGAUGCUAGUGGUGAUAAACAACAAGCAUAUCAGUUGUAUAGUGAUUCAUAUAGGUACUUUCCUGCAAAUUUCGAAGUAAUUGACUGGCUUGGAUCAUAUUUUGUAACAAUGCAGGUUGCGGAAAAAGCUUUAACUUAUUUCAAAAAAGCAGUAGAGUUGGCUCCUAGUGAACCGAGAUGGAGAUUGCUUGUUGCUGCAUGUUUGAGACGAACAGGUCAAUUCCACAAAGCUCUAUUGGAGUAUCAAGAUAUCCACGAGAAGUUUCCUGAAAACAUUGAAUGUCUCAAGUUUUUGAUUCGACUAUGUAGUGAUCUCGGUUUAAAAGAAGCACAAAUGUAUGCAACAGAAUUAAAACGUGCUGAAAAGGCAAAGGAAUUAAAAGAUAGACAAGGAUCGGCACGACCAGGAUCAAGAAGGACCAAUAGCGGAGCAUCAUCACGGACUGGAUCUGGAAUGAGCAUGUUGUCGGAUCACAGAUCAAGUCCUAUUCCUGGUAGAAGAGACAAUCAAGGCUUGAGCAGUGCUGGCAUCUCAAGAUCUAAUCGUAUGUCUACAAUUGAGAAUUAUUCAGAAGCAGCAAAUGAUUCGAAUGAUCGUACAGGUACACCUUACGUAGAUCCAAUAGGUCCUUUACCUACUCGACCCAUGACAUCUGCUGGAAAAAGGGACGACGACUUCGGAGAUGAAGAACUUGGCGAUGAUCUUUUACCGGAGUAACGUGAAUAUAGUAUCCUUUCACUUCUAUGUUAUAGUUUUGCAUAUUGUAUCACUUGUAUCAAUAUUUAUAAAAUGAUAUACAGUCGAAGUUCAUGCAUGUAAAACUGAAUCUAGCGUUAAAAAUAUCUUAAUUUUAUGUUGACUAAGUUGAUCUAUACUAAAACGAACAAUGUUUGAAUAUACUUAUUUUUGCAUAAGUAAAUUAGUGAAAACAAAUCUAAAUAUUUUAAAUAACAACUGCUAAUCUCACAUUUCUGCAUAAAUAAACUAGUGAAAAUAAAUCUAAA